AUGAUGCUCUUUCUACCCACAAUUGCAAUCUGUGCCCUGGCAACUGUUCCAUUAGUAGCCGCGGCUCCGGCUGAUGUUGGAUCACCUAGGCCACAACCCUCACAUGCGCCUUUCACCUUUGAACAAUGGGCUGAUGAUAUCAUUCACAAUCCCAUGGCCCAGCAUCUGUCAGCAAAAGAGGCUACAGAAGCUUCAAUCAGGGCCCGCAACAUUGGGAUCGGCUGGCAGCAUGGUGCCCCUUACAAUACUUCUGGCCCUGAAGACUACCAUAGAGAUCACUUUGAUAAGCGCACAGUUUUCCUCAAGUCUAAGUCUGCGGGCAAUGGCAAGAUCAUUGACGUCAACACUGUUCGAUGCAACAGCUUUCCCACAAAAAUGGCACCAAUUGAAGAUGCCGCUUGGUGCAUCCAGUGGUUAGCAAGCCAAGAUGGCACAGUAUGCGUUGUGAACGAAAAGGAGAUCACGGGAUUCUGCCGCUCAAAGGGCAAGACAUUCAUACUUGGAUGGAGGAAGAAUAAGCCAUCUUUGCACCAAUCAACAUGCCAGGAGAUUGCGCGAACCGCGGGAAGAAUUAUGGAUUACUGCACCAGUAGCGGGUUUGUACAAGGAGACACUGCUGCCUGGAAUGAUACGGCGACUGGCGUUAUGAUUCGGACGUUUGAGUCAGGCGAGAUCGAUAGAGACCUCAAGUUGGAGAUGUGA